GGAACUAACUAACUACGUGAUGGAGUUGGGCUACGCAUAUUGUCAAACAGAUGGCGCACCAGUUGUCAGUACAGCCAACUAAGACACAGAAGGUUUUAAGUUCGAUCCAACUUGAUGCAAGUUAACACACCGGGUCACAAAAGAGGUUGUGUAAAAGCAAUGAAAACAACAUACAGAAACAACAGUGAUGUAUAAGAAUACCUCUUUUGCAAGAGAAGAUCUAAGUAGCCGUUGAGCAAAGGCCACACAGCUCGACAUUUGUAGCUGUCUUGCUUAUUUGGGAGAGGGAGGCUAGGGAUUUGAAGAAAACUAUUGCUGACUUCCCUCUUUGUAGAAGAUUAUCAAACGGCUUGGUUCGACAAUUGUAGUUUGAUCGUCGUACAUGGUUCUUAUUUGUCGGUUUUGGAUACUGGAUAGUUCGUGCUCGUGGCUUGCCAUUGCAGUCGUUUCCUUCUCGUACGUGCGUGCUCCCAGCUCGUGAUGAGAAUUUUCAGAAGAAACCGAGAAAUAAAAUUGCAACUGGUAAUGCAUUUCAAAAAUUGCUUUUGGAAACCUAAUUUGAUACUUGGAAAGUAUAGAAUUGGGGCAAUGUUCUUGAUCUUGUGAAACGGAAAGACCAAUCUAUUCGUGAGGUCUCGCCGGAAGGAGAUGGAUCCAGAAAGAAAGCAAGAUUCACCAGUUUUGAAGCGAGGGCAUGUAAAAUCACCGAUUUUGCGAGAGUACUUGCAGAAUAUGCCGAGACAGCAGCACAAGCAGGUAUCAGAAUCAGAACCUGGUUUUUCUGGAACUCCUGGUUUAUUUUGAUCAAAUAUGUCUACUUACAAGUUUGAGUUUGAGAUACACUCGUCAAAAAAGGACUCCCAGCAUUGGCAUUGGGAGGGUUUCAAAGAUAAGGCAAAGAUUUUAGGGUUUAGGAUCAUUAAACCUAGCAAGUGAAGAAGCAGAGGCUAAGGGAUGAAAGAAAAUGCUGAUACUUCUAUCCAAAGCCUUUGAAGCAGUUGCCCAACAGCUGAAGUAAAGCGCUGAGAUUGACGAGGUCAGACACAAUUCACAAAUAUUCAAGUUUUUCCUUUUAAAUGAUGCUUUCCUUUAUCUAGAAUCACGCAUUUAGAUCUUAUUUGUAAAAUCUGUCAAAUGUGGUAGUAGCUUAAAUCCCAUAGCAUAGCUGUCAGCCUUUGUUUGUGAAUUUUAGAGAGAACCUAAAAAACCAAAAAAAGAACUGUUAUUUUAUAACCUAGUAAAAUAGUGCUCCAGCAUACUAAAUCAGGCCAAGGUUCUUAGAAUUUUUCUUCCUUUAGUCCCCCUUGACUGGAUCUCAUUUACAUACAUUAACAGAUGACUGGGUCUCAUAAAUAUCAUGGUAUCUAACCUGGCCGGCCGUUUGCGGCAGCUGCGCGGUAGACAAGAUGCUAGAAUUCAUAAUUCAAUACAAGAUGUUAGAAUGAAAACAAAAGCAACAAAUUAAAUUUAGAAUGUUAAGAUCAGCACACAAACAUGUCAGGACAGAUCCUUUCUUAUAUAAUCAAUAGCAGGGGCGGAGACUUUAACAUAGAAUAUAUAGCACAUCCUUUUCAGUAACCACUAGGACAACCAAGUAGCCCAAACCCCAUGGUACAAAAUUUCCUCAAGUGCCAUAUUAUUUAUAUAUGUAUUGUAGAUUUUUAGAAUACCACCUGCCUGAUUUUCAAAAAGAAGUGAAUUCCUGUUUGUCUACCAAGAUUCAGACAUGGCAGAUUUCGAAGGCUACAUCGUACUUUUCCUGGUUUGGUUAGUCUCAAUGAUUGUUGUCCGAGCAAUUCUAAACAAAAUUCGAACUUCCAAUCAUCUACCUCCUAGUCCAAUGGCCUUACCAAUCAUUGGACACCUCCACCUCCUUGGAUCCUUACCCCACCAAGCUCUUCACAAGCUCUCAUUACGCUAUGGACCCCUAAUGCACAUAUUGCUGGGCUCGGUCCCUUGUCUUGUUGUUUCCUCUCCAGAAAUGGCUAAAGAGUUCCUUAAAACCCACGAAAACUCCUUUUCGGAUAGACCCAAAACAGCGGCCGUUGAUUACCUUACAUAUGGCUCUGUUGAUUUCUCCUUUGCUCCUUAUGGACCUUACUGGAAGUUCAUGAAGAAAAUUUGCAUGUCUGAACUUCUUGGUGGCCGAACACUAGAACUUCUACUCCCAGUCAGGCGUGAAGAGAUAAGGCGGUUCUUGCUUUUCAUCUUAAAGAAAGCAAAUGCUGGGGAGACCGUUGACGUUGCUGCACAACUUAUGAGGCUAACGAAUAAUGUGGUGUCGAGAAUGUUGAUGAGCGAGAGGUGUUCAGAUAAUGAAGAUGAAGCUGAUGGAGUGAGGAAGUUGGUACAAGAUGUAGUUGAACUUACAGGAAAGUUUAAUUUGUCAGAUUAUAUCUGGUUUUGUAAGAACUUAGAUUUGCAAGGGUUUGGGAAGAGACUGAAGCAGGUUCGUGACAGAUUUGAUUUGAUGGUGGUGAGGAUUAUAGAAGAGCACAUAUUGGCUAGAAAGAUGAGGAAGAGUGGAGGUGGUGAAGUUAGGGAUCUGCUUGAUAUUUUACUUGAUAUAUCAGAAGAUGAGAGCUCAGAGAUGAAGUUGACCAGAGAGAAUAUUAAGGCCUUCAUCCUGGACAUAUUUGCAGCUGGAACAGACACAAAUGCCAACACUACAGAAUGGGCACUGGCAGAGCUAAUCAAUCACCCCAGCAUAAUGGAGAAAGCAAGGGAAGAGAUUGAUUCUGUAGUAGGAAAAACAAGACUAGUAGAAGAAUCAGAUAUUCCUAAUCUUCCCUACAUCCAAGCUAUAGUGAAGGAAACACUAAGGCUUCAUACCUCUCCAUUUAUUACUAGAGAGUCCACUGAGAGCUGUACUAUCAAUGGUUAUAAAAUUCCGGCAAGGACUCAGCUGUUUGUGAACCUAUGGGCUGUAGGAAGGGACCCAAACCACUGGGAAAACCCACUUGAAUUUCGUCCGGAGAGGUUUGUUGGAGGGAACCAGUUAGAUGUGAGGGGCCAGCAUUUUCACCUGCUGCCCUUUGGAAGUGGAAGAAGAGGGUGCCCUGGAAUCUCAUUAGCACUGCAAAUGGUGCACACAACUCUGGCUGCUAUGCUUCAGUGUUUUGAGUGGAAGAUUGAUGGUCCUGUUGACAUGGAAGAGGGACCUGGGAUUACCCUCCCAAAGGCUCAUCCCCUUGUUUGUGUGCCAGUGGCUAGGCUCAAUCCAUUUCCAUCACUCUGAUUGCUGUAUUACUUAAAAUAAUAUAUAUAUAAACUAAUAAUUUCUCCUUAAAUAUGCAUAUUUUCUACAAUAUUACAACUGAACUGCGAAGAAAUUGA